AUGCAUUACCGCUAUCCUCUCCGCGCUGGUCACAUUUUCCCUCCCCAUCCUCCCCACCGCCCACUUCCUCCUCCCUCCCCCCGCGGCGGCCAAAACACCAUAUCUAGCAAGCGAACCCUCUGGCCUCUAGCUGGCGGCUCCAUCGCUUUAGAUAUGAAAGACGCUUCUGCGAAUGUGGAAGUACUCAUUGGGUAUGGAAACGAUGUUGGGGGUGAUUGUAAUACGGUUUUUCGACAAACUUUUGCGGAAGAGGGGAUGGGGAGCUUUUGUUUGCGGGAUUUGCUGGUGAAUGGGAACGGUAUGGGGGGGGGGAAUGUGACGGAGGGGAUGAAUGCGACGAUUCAGGUUGUUACGGGAGGUGGUGGGAUGAGUGGGGGGUUGUAUAAUUGUGCUGAUAUCACUUUUUCGAAGAAUGCAUCGGCAAUGGCGUCUGCGGGAUCUUGUUCGAAUGCUACAGAUGUAAGGACUACUGCUGCAUCAGCUAAGGGGAAUCCGAAUACUACUUCCUCGUCAGCUACUAGCUCUGGUGCAGCUUCAUUUGUGGGAAGUUUUGGAUCGGUGGGAUUGAUGGUUGUUGGUAUUGUGGUUGCAUCAAUGUGGCGAUGUUGGAUAUAUCAUGGCAUGUGUAGUGUAUGA